CCCACGAGCCUCCGCAGUGCUGGCAGGGGGUGGGGACAAGGCCCGGGGCCCACCAUCAGCACCAUGCUCCUGGGGAUCCUCCUGGCGCUCUGCUUCAUCCCGGCCGCUCAUGUAACAGAAAACAAGAUUUUAGUGGCUCAGCAUCCUUUGCUCACUGUGGCUAACAAAACAGCGACUCUGGUCUGCAACUACACAUACAAUGGGACAGGGAAGGAAUUCCGAGCUUCGCUGCACAAAGGAACAGACAGUGCAGUUGAAGUCUGCUUUGUUUCAUGGAACAUGACCAAAAUUAGCAGUAAUUCAAAUAAAGAAUUCAACUGCAAAGGGAUUCAUGAUAAAGACAAAGUAAUCUUCAGUCUUUGGAAUAUGACUGCCAGCCAAACCGACAUUUACUUCUGCAAAAUCGAGGCCAUGUAUCCACCACCAUAUGUCUACAAUGAGAAGAGCAACGGGACCGUCAUUCACGUGAAAGACAUACCCACCCAAAUGCAAGAGUCUCAGUCUACAAGCUCUUACUGGAUUAUGGUGGCAGUGACUGGAGUUCUUGCUUUCUACAGUACGCUAAUAACUGCGGUCUUUAUUAACUACUGGCAAAAAAGCAAGGAGAAAAUGUAUCAUCAGAGCGACUACAUGAACAUGACUCCCCGGCACCCACCUUACCAAAAGAACAAGGGUUACCCAUCCUACGCGCCCACGCGAGACUACACUGCAUACCGCUCCUGGCAGCCGUGAUUCCCCACUGUCCGACCCGCCAGCACCCUGGGGUGCUCCUAGCCGGUCACUUGCUCUUGGACAUGGAAGGACAGCCGGUCGUUUUCUCAUCAUGCCUGUUGUCAUCGAUCAUGGAUACCGACGCCAUGGCAAGCAAUGACUAAACUUUGACAGUAUGCAAAAAGAAAAAAAAAGCAAACGUAAAAAUACAAAAUUUAAACAAGGAUCGUGUUCCAUGAUGGCUGAAAAUGGGCUACAACUUGUGCUGAAGGUUGAGAGUGGGUAAGACAGAAAGAUGGCAUCAGACCUCAGAGCUGGUAUCCUCUCGAUGCCUGCGAUUUUGCUCAGCUUUGGGGGAACCAGAACUUCUGACCUUUCCCAGUAACUGCUGCCUCAGACUUAACUCUUAAUUUCUUUUCCUGUAUGUCUAAUCCUCAGAAAUGCAACCCAUGUGGCUGUUAAAUAUGGCAAAAUGCCAAAAAACCCAAUCCCCCUCCCCCCUCCCCCCCAACCAGGGCACAGUUUGAAGUUCAAAACACAUGCUCAAAAGAAGAGAGGGAAAAGUCAGCCAGAAGGUAUGCAGGCUAUCAGCCUAGGACACAAAUGAGCUGUGAGGACAAAUCAAGAUUGAUGGAAAACCACUAAACCUUCAACACGCGAGUCCUUAGGUUGAUCACUUUGUAACACUUCGUAAGAUGAUUUGAAGCCGUGAUUAAACAACUCCACAGAGUGAGAAAGCAAUUAAGGUGAAGACAAAAUCAAGACAAGCGGGAGAGGAAGAAAGAUCUGUUGUCAUCAUGAAAAGCCCCUUUUCCAUUAUGUUCGCCUACAACAAGGGAGCACAAAGCCUGCAGCGAAGUCAUAUGGGAAGCAUUAGAACACAUGGAGGUCAGAUUUUGAGGACAGCUUUACUUUUAAGUUGAAUUCUUUUUUCUACCCAGAAGACACUUACUUAGCCGAGUCCUCCUGAAAAUCCGUCCACUUCUUCUGGCACCAAGGUUGUACCAGAGCUCUUGAAAUUCUCAGUACAAUUAUGAAUGAAUAAAGAUCACUUGAAAAUUUUCCCCUCAGCACCCAAUUUUUUGGGUGUGAGAAAGUCCUCAGUUCCUACCAUAGUCAACAGGGUCUGCAAGUGCUCAGCCAUUUGCAGGGACUGCUCUGGGCACCUUGAGGAACUUUGUGCUAGUUGGAGAUUACUUUGUUACCUAAAGAUGUUUUCAGGGAUGCUCCAUGCAGGAUGGAGUCUUCAAAGAUGUGGUCUUCAACAAAUUCAUUCCUUUAAUUAAGCAUGUUUACAUUAGCAAGGAAUCUUAAACUGUGACUGGGGUUGUCUUAACAUAAAAUCUUUUUUCAUGCUGAGGAGAUGAGGUUUAUUUUUUAGGGACUACUGAAGAAACGUUUAAAUGAAAAAUAAAUCCAUAUUUCCACCUCGAAAUAAAAUCAGGAUCAUUCAACACUUACUUUACUCCCAAACCGGAUAAAAAGAUUCUUUCUAUCUUGGAGAGGAAAUGACAAAAAUAGAGCUCUGGAAGGGUGGCAACAAUCUGCUUUGACGUUUUAACCCAAGUACAAAUUUUGGUUAUUUCCAAAUUGGAAGUUUUAUCCGAGUUCGCUGACCAGGCCCAAACCCUCCAUUCCGAGUCACGCCAACACGCGCCAUGCUUCCUGACGGUGCCGCGUCACUGCCGGGCACCCCUCCCCUCAUCAUAUGCACACGACCUCCAAGCUGG